AAUGGGCCGGAUUCUUUUGUUUGGUUGGAAAUAACAAGUUUGGAAUAGAAUUCCAUUGUAAUGCUUAUUCCCCAAAACUAACGGAAUAACUUUUCCAAUUUUGAGUCAGUGGAAUUAUAAUUCCAUUCCACUGCUUAUCAUCAUCUCUCUCCAUCAUCUGGGUCUUCGUCUUCUUCUCCAACUCGCUCCUUUGUCACCGACUGAGUUCCUCAGCAAUCCGACACAACCAUCUCUCAUUCUCACUCUCAGCAAGCAACACACCCAGUCGAAGGUAGCUGCUCGUCCUAGUCGGAGGUCCGUGUCAGAGACACUCUUCUCUUCUUCCUCCUGCUUUUCUAAUCUGUUGCAGAGUAUAACCUGGACCAGUCCAAAAGAGGCCCAACAAUACAAGGACGGCCUUCGGGGCCCUAGCCCACCUGCUCCUUUCGCCAAUUGUUGUCUUCUCUCUCUAACAGCGGCACGGGUUCUCAGAGUGAAAGCUCGAGUAGAAGCAAAAAUGGCUGAUGAGAAAGAAGGGACCGACCUACUGGGUUCUCCAACUUUCAAAGUUCUCGAUAAUGGCCGCUUCAAGUGUGUUGAGACAGGCCAUGAAGUUUUGGACAAAGACAAGGAUUACUCCAGCAGCAAACAGUGUCGUUUGGGCCUUAUCGACUAUGCCGUCUCCCAUAAUAAGCCUCCUCUUAACGUUUUCAAGCAAGACCCUCUUUCCCGAGGAAAUGGAAACACAAAAGCUAAAACCCAAUGGCAUGGUUGAAGAAGUGGGUGAGGAAAUUACCCCAGAAGGGUCUAAGCAUGGCAAAGAUGUUGAGAAAAAAAAGAACAAGAAGAAGAAGAAGAAAAAGAAAAACAAGAAGGACAAGCCUGUUGAGGAGAUUAUAUCUGAAAUCAGAGAGUCUUCUGGUGUAGAAAGUGAUUUAGAAGAGGCUGACUUUUGGAUGCCUCCUUUGGGAGAACGUUGGGACUUCGAUGAUGGCGGCAACCGGUGGGGUUCAGAUUCAGAGUCAGAGUCAGAGCAUGAAGGUGAUGUCGUUGAUGAAAAUGGUGAUGCAGUUGAAGAUGAUGAUGAUGAUGAUUGUAAGGAGUCGGAAGAAAUUUCGACGCGAACCAAAAGAAUGUCCAUAGAGAUUGGACCGAGCAACUUUGCCUCAAGAAAGAAGAAGAUUAAGAAGAAUACUGAGAGUUGAUAUUCUGUAUUUUCAUAGCUUAAAUUAUUUAAUUUCUGGUGUAAAACUUUU